GCGCACAAUUCGAAGUUUCAGUCACGAGGCAGCAGGAUGACCAACACAAAGGGUUACCGCCGGGGGACACGUUACCUAUUCUCUCGUGCCUUCAGACGUCAUGGGCCGCUUCCUUCAUCCGUUUUUAUGCGGGUGUACCGCCGUGGAGACAUAGUGGAUAUUAAAGGCGAUGGCGGGGUCCAAAAGGGUAUGCCACACAAAUCCUAUCACGGGAAAACCGGUCGUGUAUAUAACGUCACUCCUCACGCUGUUGGAGUGAUUGUUAACAAGCGUGUGGGUAAUCGGAUAAUUCCAAAACGCAUUAAUGUGAGAAUUGAGCAUGUCAAGCCAAGCAAAUGUAGAGAAGACUUCCUCAGACGUGUCAAAGAAAAUGACGUCAAGAGACGAGAAGCUAAAGAAAAGAAGACAUUUAUAAAUCUGAAGCGUCAGCCUGCACAACCCCGCCCGGCUCAUAUUGUGAGAACUAAAAACAAUCCAGUCGUAACUGUACACCCAUUACCAUAUGAACUUAUUGCUUAA